AUGGCUGAAGAUCAAGUGACGAAUACAGAUGACCAAGUGUCUGCAUUAGCGAAGUUUUAUCCAUCCUUAACUGUCAAUUUCAUGAAACAAUCUAUUACAAUGAACAAGCAAAAGUCUAUUGAUUUACCAAUGAUCUUUGUUCAUUUAUCUACAUCUCGUCGUGAAGUCACACUCGUCGUCGAAAUACAGACGACAGAGAAAAUGAAUGAAGAUUUAAACAAAGCCAUGUUCGUUUUUGACUAG